AAUUAAUAGCUUAUUAACAUUUGAAACGCUUCUAACUUCUGUCAGAUGCGCGUUUGUUUUAAAUGAUAUCAAACAUUCUUACUUCUCCGUGCUUUUAAAACUGAAACCUCUUUGACGGGCAGAAAUUAAUGUUCAAAUCAAGUAAAUUGUGUUAAAGUUUUAUCUGUUAAACUGUAAAGAAAUGAGAGCUGAUACUGGGUACGCGUUUUUAUUGUGUAUGGCUACUGUAAUUAGAAGACAAUGUAGCUGUGGAAAAGUGAAAAAAUAUCAGUCAAACGGACGAGUUUCCAACGUUACUGAAACCCAUACAGUGCGUUCAUUGUCGGAAUGUGCGGUUCUUUUAGAAAAGAGUGUGAACAGUUUGUCGGUUAACUUUAACCAGGAUGAACGUAAAUGCGAGCUGAGCGGAAUUUUCCCGGAAAACGCAACAACAACUGUUGAAGGAUGGACAGUGUACACAAAAAUUGCUGUUGACGGAUCCUGGGCCAACUGGAUGUCCUGGAGCACGUGUUCUGAGAUUUGCAAUGGCACAAGAACAAGAGCUAGAUUAUGCACGAAUCCACCCCCGAGCAAUGGAGGUCUGUCAUGUUCCGGUUAUACUACAGAAAAUGAAACAUGUUAUGAACAAGGCUGCUUUCUGGAAGAUAAUUACUACAUCGGCGAAGAAUCUGUAACAUGGGAAUGGGCAAAGGCGGAAUGUGAAAUCAGGAAUGCCAGUCUGGUCAUACUCGAAAGUCAAGGGGAAAUAGACUUUCUCGAAGCCAUUGUAACCGAAUUUGAACACUGGAUUGGCAUGAGAUGUAACUAUGGUAAAAAUUGCACAUGGAUUGAUGGAAGAAGUGUAGAGGGCGGGUUCCAAGCAUGGGCCCCUGAUGAACCGAAAAAUACAGAUUGUGUAUGGAUUGGUUACUUUGGAAGCACAUGGGACGACACUUAUUGCGACUUACCUCGAAAAUAUAUUUGUGAAUUCUGAACGAAAUACCACCCACAGGAGUAUAAUGUACGGUAGACAUACCAUGAUAAAAACAUGAAAAUCACAGCUAUGAUAUAAACAUAAACUUGUAUAUACUGAGACAUUUGUAAAUGCAGCAAACCAAAAUCUACAUUUCCUCGGAAGGUUGGGUCUUAAUAGUUUCGGAGUAAAGAAAUUACAGUUUUUGUGUUUACUGGAAACAACUUACCAAUAUAACAGUAAUACUUUGUAAACAGGGUAAACUACGUGGUUGUGUUAAGAAAAUUACUACGUUUGCAUCCCUGAAUAUGGCAUGAUCCUGAGCUUUUCGAACAAUUAAGCGUGAACAGAUCUGAACUGCCUUUUCGAACAAUCAAGCGUGAACAGAUCUUAACUGCCUUUUCGAACAAUUAAGCGUGAACAGGUCUGAAAUGCCUUUUCGAACAAUUAAGUGUGAACAGAUCUUAAAUGCCUUUUCGAACAAUUAAGCGUAACCAGAUCUUAACUGCCUUUUCGAACAAUUAAGCGUGAACAGAUCUUAACUGCCUUUUCGAACAAUUAAGCGUGAACAGGUCUGAAAUGCCUUUUCGAACAAUUAAGUGUGAACAGAUCUUAAAUGCCUUUUUGAACAAUUAAGCGUGAACAGAUCUUAAAUGCCUUUUCGAUCAAUUAAGCGUAACCAAAUCUUAACUGCCUUUUCGAACAAUUAAGCGUGAACAGAUCUUAACUGCCUUUGCGAACAAUUAAGCGUGAACAGAUCUUAACUGCCUUUGUGAACAAUUAAGCGUGAACAGAUCUUAACUGCUUUUUCGAACACUUAAGCGUUACCAGAUCUUAACUGCCUUUUCGAACAAUUAAGCGUAACCAGAUCUUAACUGCCUUUGCGAACAAUUAAGCGUGAACAGAUCUUAACUGCCUUUUUGAACAAUUAAGCGUAACCAGAUCUUAACUGCCUUUUCGAACAAUUAAGCGUAACCAGAUCUUAACUGCCUUUGCGAACAAUUAAGCGUGAACAGAUCUUAACUGCCUUUUCGAACAAUUAAGCGUAACCAGAUCUUAACUGCCUUUUCGAACAAUUAAGCGUGAACAGAUCUUAACUGCCAGCAGUACAUAUUGAAAGUAAACUAAAAAAAACACACACAAAAAAUCAUAACUGUUACACCUAUAUAUUAUUAUGGAAUUUGGAAAAGAAUAUGUUUUUCAAAAGGAACUUGCAACCUAUAUCAAAGUGUCAUUGGAGACAAAUAUCACUUAUUAUUAUAUUUAAAAUAUGAUAAGACCAAGAUAUAGCAACAGAUAAAACGUGUUACAACUUGUUAUUGAAAAAAGUACGAAAUAAAAAAAAACACUGUAUGUUUCCUGAAAUACCAUUAUAUUCCAUUACAAAUGAAAUCUAUUUAACAUGAUAACCUACCGCUUACAUUUUGAAUUACUUUACAUUAGGUUGUUUGAAGGUUCUUUUAUAUGUUGUUUUAUCCUUACAUUUUGUCAUAAAUUUGAAUUGAGACACCUAAUAUCACUUUACAAUUGUGCCCAACAUAGAAGGAGAAAAAUAAGAUAGUCAAAAAUUAUCAGGUUAAAAAUAAAAUGUACUUAACACACGAGUCUUCUAAACAUAUACACACAAAUGUUAAAACAGAGGGAAAAAGAAUUUUAGAAACCUCAUAGGUCGCUCAACACAACAAAAAUGAAAAAUGCUGCAAAGUUUGUUUAAUUAAGCCUGUUCAUGGACGGAAGUCGAAAUAAACACUACCGUCCGCGACCUUUAGCACUUGGUUGAGAAGUAUUCAAUAUCUGUUCAUUUAACAAGUACAAGAAAUCAGUGUAGAUCCGCAGAUUUGUUCAUACGGCGUUGUACAUAGAACCUUCAAUGAUGCACAGAGUGCAAUUGCACAAAAUGUUGACGUAUAUACCCAAGAUAAAUAUGGGUUUGCCGUUAACGAAUUAACAAUGAACAGAAUUUAACAAACUAGCUAAAAUCUAGAGAGGGGUUCUGAAGUGCAUAAGCUGUACGUCGUGCUAAACUAUAUCAAAUGGUCAAAAUUUACAAGCUCUGAUAAAAUGUAUGGGGCCAUCCAGCAGGCUAAUGGAAAGUCAGUGGUUCUACCCAUGUGCCCUCCCGAAAUAAAAUAAUGCACUGAAGGGUCUUACACCUAUUUCCGAAAAUUAUAAAAUCUAAAGCAGCACUCUAUAGGUUAUUUUUGGAAAACUUUGAUACUAAACUAGAACAUAUAGAUGCGUUAUUGAGUUGUUUAAUUCAAUUACAAAUACAAAAAAAAUGUUUUAAUAGAAUAUAAUUGAAAAACAAAUAAAUUAAUAAAAUAAGAGGGGUAACUCCAUAUAAUAUGUUACCUAGAGGUCUCUUUAUUAUACUUGAAUGAAAGGAUAUUUUGGUAUGUGUAUGCUUUGCAGUGUUUUGUUUAUCAUAGAAUAUAGAUAGUUAUAAUUAUAUAAAAAGCCCUAAAACUGAAUCUUUUGGUUUAUAUAUUUUUACACAGGGACAUGUAGUUUUGGAAAAUGGAGGGUGGGGGUAGUGUUACAAGACAAAAAGUAGCAUAAAGCAAACUUAGAAAAUUUUAUCUAGGAACCAAAACGAAUGAAUAAGUUUGCCUAAAAUACAAAUAGAAAAAAAAAUAUUCAAGGAUAAAUCUUAGGUAAGCGGGCCGAUUCAUAGGGAAUCUAGCAAUAAAUCGAAGUGCACAGUUUCUAAGGUAGUACUAAAUUAGGAAUGGUGCUGCAACCUGUUGUUGUACUAACAUAAUAGACUUAACAAAGUAUUGGUGCGAUGAUGGUGGUUAGCAUCGUUCAUGAGUGGGAAAUAAAUGUCUUUUUCAUAAUUUGGUAAAAAUCUUCUUUAAUUUAUAAUAAAGUGUUGAUAAUAAUAUUCAUUGGAAAGUAAUUUUAUAAAAGUUGGUUAAAAUUUUAGCAGGAAAUAAAUUUAGUUAAAAGUUUUAGAAAAUAUAUGAAAUAAAAGAAGUUGAUUAACCUAAAAAUUUAUUAGACUUGAUGUUUCUAUGGUAUGAACAAUUUUGUUUCAGUAUGAUCAUGUGAAGUAUUAGUAUUAACUUCCCUUAUAAUUACGUAAAUGAAUUACUUAAGACUGUGUAUAACAGAACAGCGCUCUUGUUCUGAAACAAAUGGAUAUUAGUUCUUUCAUUCUUAUUUAUUGCAGGUAUGAAAUUACUUUACAUAGGUUAUCAAAAAUUUGGUUUUAGGGGCAUAAAAUUCUGUUUUCAUAAUAAUUACUAUUUCAGAUUAUGAAUGAAUUUGUUUUGAUUUUUACGGUUUUGCGUUUUAAAAUGAUAUUUUUAUAUUUUUUGAUUUAUAUGGAUUUGCGUUUUAAAAUGAUAUUUUGACAUUUUAAUAUUCACUGUUUUGACUAUGACAAUAAGAUUAAAUUUAUUAAAGAGAAAAAAAAGAAAACUGUUCUGAAACAAGUGGAAAUUAGUUUUUUCAUUCUUAUUUAUUGCAGGACUGGUAAGAAAUUUCUUUACAUAGUUUAUCAGACAUUUGGUUUUAAAGGCAUAAAAUUCUAUUUUCAUAAUUAUUAUUAUUUCAGAUUAUGAAUGAAUUUGUUUUUGAAUUUGAAUUGAUUUAUAAAAAUUUGCGUUUUAAAAUGAUAUUUUAAUAUUUUAAUACUCACUGUUUUGAUUAUGACAGUUAGAUUAAAUUUAUUUUAAAACAAAAGUGAAAACUGAUCUGAAACAAGUGGAAUUAAGUUUUUUUCAUUCUUAUUUAUUACAGAUGGAAAUAGA